AUGGAAGUUAGCUCUUCAAACGAAGAAGUGGAUCGGCAAAGUGUCGACAACGGAGCUCUUGAGCAACUUCAAACUGCAUCACAUCAAUUCUCGUCAGCUGCGGAGAGGAGACUCGUGCGGAAAAUUGACUUCACCAUACUUCCCAUCAUGCUCGUGGCUUAUAUGAUGGCUUUCUUGGACAAACAGACGCUAGGCUACGCUGCGCUCAUGGGUAUUCGAGAGAACCUUCACUUGGUCGGAUCUCAGUACAGCUGGACUUCAGGAAUCUUCUAUUUUGGAUAUUUGUUCUUCUCAUAUCCAGCCUCGUUGCUCAUGGUCAAGUACCCUCUUGGGAAAUAUUUAGCGAUUAACUUUAUUCUGUGGGCUAUUGUUCUUGCCUGUCAUGCAGCAACAAAGAACUUUGCCACUCUGAUGGUCACUCGGUUCCUGCUAGGAUGCACCGAGGCAAGCCUAUCUCCAGGGUUCACUCUCAUCACUUCUCUCUGGUAUCGCACCUCUGAGCAGCCCCUGCGUGCUGGAAUAUGGUUUUGCGGAAAUUCCCUUUCGCUUAUCUUCGGUAACCUCAUUGCAGUGGGAAUUCUCCAGAUCAAGCAUAGCCUCAAGGCGUGGCAGUGGCUAUUCAUAAUUUUCGGGCUCGCCACCUUUGCGUGGGGCACACUCAUGCUUUUUCGACUUCCCGAUUCCCCUACUGAUGCUAAGUUCCUCACUGAAGAAGAGAGGUUGAUUGCGAUAGAGCGAAUGCGGGCAAAUCAAACCGGAUUCAAGAAUACAGAAAUCGAUCGCAAUCAGGUUGUGGAAGCUUUUGCAGACAUCAAGACUUGGCUACUUGCAGCCUUGAUUCUUGCUUGCAAUAUUCCCAACGGUGGCUUCACAACUUUCAAUGGAUUGGUCCUGCAAGGGUUUGGUUUCGACACGUUCCAUACACUAUUACUUGGACUUCCUGGCGGUUUUAUUGUCUUUAUUUUCGUGCUGGCUGGGGGCAUUGUUUCCUCGAAAGUUCCCAAUAGUCGAUGCCUAGUCAUGGUUGGUAUGAUCAUGAUAAGUAUCAUGGGAAGCGCCUUGGUCUACGCUGGAACUUCUAUCGCGACACGCUACGCCGGUCUACUUCUCAUGGGUAUUUACUCUGCUAGCAUGCCGGUGUCGAUGGCAAUGAUCAGUUCCAACGUGGGUGGCUUUACGAAAAAAACAACCGUCAGCGCCAUUUAUUUCAUCAUGUAUUGUACCGGAAAUAUCAUUGGACCACAGCUGUUUUUCACACGCGAAGCGCCCAAGUAUCAGAGUGGUUUCCUCGCCAUAAUUAUCUGUCUCGUGAUUUGCGUUAUCCUUGGGCUUGCCUUGUUCUUCUAUCUGCGAUGGGAGAAUUCUCGGCGUGACAAGAUGACACUGACUGCUGAGUCUGCCGAACACCAGGAAAAGAAUGGUGCAUUGGCUCAGAUGGAACUGAUCGACACAACUGACUUGAAGAAUAUGCGAUUCCGGUAUGUAUAUUAA